UUUUUUCUAAAUGGCUUUUCAGUAACUUUUCUAAACAAGGUAACUCUUGUUCUGAAGAGUUUUACUCUGAGAUUUUGAUUUGUUCGGUGCUUGGUAAAUGCUGUAAGAAGCAUUCAUCUAGAAUUUAAAAUAGAACCUACCAAGAAGUAAUAAGUUGAACAUAAAUAUUUUUAGAUAUUUGUAGUCAGGUUUUAAAUAAAAAGUGCUCUGUUCAUUGUUACCAACAACAGCUGAUACAAAGCACAGUUGCUUGUCUUCUCUUGCUAAUUCAGACUAUAAUGCUGCUAUUUUUUGUGAACAAGGGUGUUUUUUCUGGCACAGGGCGCUGUACUGGCAAUAGCAGGCUAUGCAGCUAAUAAGAGCUGGUCUAGUUAAACUGAAGCUGCAGAGACUUGUGCUUUUAUUGCUAGUGAUUUUCUGUGUAUGUGAAGCAUUUCUCAAGUUUUGACCAAGGAUAUGAUAAUUUUUUAGCGACAGCAUCAAUGUUUGAAAACUAUCUGACUUUUUUUUCUGUAAGCUCCACCUUAAUUUCUAUCUGGAAGAAGUGAUGGUGUAGUUUAAGGUUUCUCUUACAGCACAAUGAAUUCAAAUAGUAUUUAGGGGCCAUAUUCAUCCAUGAAAAGGUAUGUAUUUGCCUAUGAUGCUGUGUUGAUUUACUUGUGCCUGGGCUGGCAUGGAGUUUAUGCUCUUUAAACAAUAUUGUCCACACUGUUUCCUAACUCUGCUGAGAAGAUGUUUUUGGGGUCUGUUUCUCUGUGUUGUUUUGAGUUGAUCCUUGUUGUGGAACAGACUAACAUCUGGAUAGUUGACCUGUGAUCUCGCUUUUGUGCGAUGUAGGAUACUUGGGGGCUCAAAGUCCUCACCUGUAUAUCAGAGCACUCUCUUGUGUGCCUGAAUUUCUUGAGAGUUCCUCAAAAGGUAUUCCUAGAGUUAUUAGCUUGUUGCACAUCAGGUGGGUGGCCAUAGAAGUUGCAGCACAUUUGCAGUACACUGUAUGAAAGUGACUUAAUUUUACUGACAUAAUGACAAUUGAUGGCAUGGUGAAACUUUUUCUGGUCUCAGAAGCCCCUGGCUACUGGAAGCCCCUCAGCUUAGGUCUUUCCUCAAAAGAUGCGAGGAAGAGGAAAGCAGCUUUUGGCAUAGAGCUCCUGUGUGAGAAAUGUCACUGUUGUCUUAGAGAACAUUGCUGUGCCUCCUCUUUCUUUGCUGUAGCCUGAUCUGCCUCUUCCCCUUUUCCCCAGGCUUCACAUGCUUGUGUGAGUUGUGACUUCAAGCAAAAUUUUGCAUGGUAAAGACAGCUUGACAUGCUCGUGGUUAGCAGCCUCUGUUGUUGUGAGGCUCCAUUACAGUCUGGCCUUUGUCACUGGAGCUGUAGACUCAGCUGGCUGGGGAUCACGCGUCUGCUUUGGGCUCAUUAUGGCACUCCAGGCCUGGAUGAUUGCCUGCAGCAGUAUGUCCCUAAGUUUGAACGGGAGAAGAUAAAUGGUGAACAGCUGUUACAGAUUUCUCACCAGGACCUUGAAGACUUAGGUAUCUCACGGAUUGGACACCAGGAACUGGUUCUAGAGGCUGUGGAUCUCCUGUGUGCACUGAACUAUGGCCUUGAAACAGACAAUAUGAAGAACCUGGUUCUCAAGCUGCGAGGGUCAUCCAACAAUCUGCAAAACUACAUCAGCAGCCGUAGGAAAAGUUCAAAUUAUGAUGGAAAUACCUCUCGCAAGCCCCCCAAUGAAUUCCUUACUUCUGUCGUAGAGCUCAUUGGUGCUGCUAAAGCCUUGCUUGCGUGGUUGGACAGGACCCCAUUUACUGGUAUUGCUGACUUUUCAUCAAUGAAGAACAGAAUCAUUCAGCUCUGCUUGGACCUCACUACUACUGUUCAAAAGGAUUGCACUGUGGCUGACAUGGAAGAUAAAGUCCAGAUUGUGGCCAAGACUCUAAAUGGCAUUUGUGAUAAAGCCAUUCGAUCAACUACAGACCCACUGAUGAGCCAGUGUGCCUGUCUGGAGGAGGUCCAUUUAACCAACAUUAAACCUGGGGAAGGCCUGGGAAUGUACAUCAAAUCAACUUAUGAUGGAUUGCAUGUAAUUACUGGAACUACAGAAAAUUCCCCUGCUGAUCGCUCCCAGAAGAUUCACGCUGGUGAUGAAGUGAUCCAGGUUAAUCGGCAAACUGUGGUUGGAUGGCAACUAAAAAAUCUGGUGGCAAAGUUGCGAGAGAAUCCUGCUGGAGUUAGGCUGCUGCUUAAGAAACGUCCUACUGGCUCUUUUCAUUUCACUCCUGCUCCACUGAAGAACCUGCGCUGGAAACCACCCUUGGUGCAGACCAGUCCUCUACCAGCUUCAACUCAGUCACCAGAAAGCACCGUGGAUACGUCCCUGAAGAAGGAGAAGCCAGCCAUUUUGGAUCUGUACAUACCCCCUCCACCAGCUGUUCCAUAUUCUCCUCGAGAUGAAAAGGGGAGCUUUGUGUAUGGAGGAGGCAACAAACGCAGUCAGCCACUACCUGGGUCCAAGGGCGCUGAGUCUCCCAAUUCUUUUCUGGAUCAGGAGAGCCGAAGGCGAAGGUUUACUAUUGCUGAUUCAGAUCAGCUGCCGGGGUAUCCCAUGGAAGUAAAUAUCCUACCAGCCAAGAUGAGAGAGAAAACACAGUCCUAUGGAAAACCUCGUCCUCUGUCAAUGCCUGCUGAUGGAAGCUGGAUAGGAGCUGCAGAACCCUUCUCUAGGCCACGAGGAUCAGGGAGAAAAGGUGAAGAUGUCCUCUGCAGGUACUUCAGCAACGAAAGGAUACCCCCAAUCAUUGAGGAAAGCCCCUCCACACAGCAGCCGCUCUCCAGGCCAGUGUCUGACAAGCAGUUAGCGAGGGGAACGGAUUAUAUUCGAGGCAGCAGGUGUUUUGUGAAUACAGACCUCCACAACAGUGCAACGAUUCCUUUUCAAGAGGAAGGUGCUAAAAAAUCAUCGGUUACAUCAUCCACGAAAUCCUCCUCGGCAGAGCCCUCACUGCUCGUCAAUUUGAUCACAAGACUGAAAUUGUUGACUCAUUGACUUGUCCCCAGUGCUGUUACCAAGUGCCUUUGCCUGUUGGUCAGACUUCUCUACUUUGCAGCUUUGCUGACACACAGUGACUAAUGCGGUUUUCUUUUCCUGGAGAAUCUUACACUUUUGCCUUUUUGUUUGUCAUUUUUGAUGGAUCAGAGAGUUUCACAGUGCAAGGAGGGGAGAAAGAUAAAGAUCACGUUCCUCUUCCUGGCCAAAAACCGAAGGCGUUUAUUCCUGUGGAAAUGAGUAAAAUUUCAGUGAGGUAGAGGCCACACAUGACCUGGAAAAUGCAUAAUGACUCAGAGGAAAGCAUUGAAUUACUGUGAAGUCCAGGGGCACUUUAGUUGUCUGAAUGCUCAGAGGCUGGUGCAACUUGCAGGGUGUCAGAGUAUGCAGAACUCACAAAAGUUGUCACUCUUCUGACUGGGAAAAUGAGCAGGGAAGCAGCAGUUUCAUGCAAUUUGGUGAUGCUGUUUCAAGUACUACAUGAGAUCAACCUUGUGAAGAAGAAGUAGUAGGGUUACUGUUCUUUCUCUGAUAUCCAGAGUUCCUAUGAAGUCUUAGGAAGAGAGUUCUCUUAUUCAGAGAUUUUUAGGAUGUUGGACGAAUUUAAUUAUAAAUCAAUCCAACCUUAUAUACAUAUCUAUUUUAUUGAAAUCACAGUACAAAUAAGGAGCACUGAACAACUGCAGUGCUCAUCUGUGAAGGUAUAUGGAUUGCUACAACAUGCCAAGGAAAUGCAUCUGUAGAGGUGGUGAAAGAAUAUAUAUAUUUUUUUCCUUAAUUGUUUAAGAAUGACUUGCUGUUAACCAAAGUAACCUUUUAAAGACAGUCCUGUUGGACUUAUGAGAACUUUUACAGUGGUUCAGUUUUUGAAUGACGUGUUGUUUUUAUGAAAAAUAUUUGCUAUCAUCCACUACAACUGUAAGACAUCUUGCUAUUUUCUAUAUAGCUCUAAUUUUUACCCCUCCAGAAUUUUAAAGUAGCAUUGAGUAUUUUGGGAGGAAAAUAAAACUUGUUUAACAAAAGAGGAGCAUAUUAAAGAGGUAUUGUUUAAGAAGGAAUGUACAUAAGAUUGUUAGUAUGCAAACAGUUGUGUUUAAAGUUAUUUAAAUGUUAAAUAUAGUUGUAUAUAUUUUUACAUUUAAACAGAUAGAGUUUGUACUUUCCUGUAUUGAAGUAUUGGGUGCAGCUUAGUCAAAUGAAAAGAAAAUAAGAUUUCGUAUUACCUUCUAAUUAUAAGACUAACUAUUUUUGUAGAUGAUACAUUGCCAACAGCCUCUAUUCCUUUGGUCUUGUUGAAAAGAAGGAUUUAUAUUUAAUAAUUGGUGGGGAAAGAGGGAAGUUAAAUGCUAGUUUGCACUUAGGACUGGGGCAGGAAUCACAUGUAAUAACAAGAUGUUAAAAAAACACUGUAAUUCUGUCUGUGAAGAUGUCACCAUUCUGCUGCAACGAGCUGAUGAAAUUGUGCUACAGCCCCACAGAGCGUUUCAUUCACUUCUCAAUUAAUUGCUUGAUUGUGACUCACUAAUGGCUGGGGAGGCUGGUUUGGACCUUUCUGAUCAAAGCAGAUAUAUCUGUCUUUUGCCACUCUCCUCCACUCCCUGAGAUGGCAGUCUGUACUAGAGAUGUGAACUGCUGCUGUGUUUGCAGCUGAACCCUACAGCAGUUUGGUCCCGCCUCCAAGAAAAGGGCUGAAAUUGCCAUGUUAUUGGCUCUGUGGUGUAGUCUAGUCCAGCCUCAAAAAGGCUGAACUGUUCCAAAGGUGUUGUCUAAACAAGACUUGUAAAAUGGAAAUUCUGCUCAUCUUCAAUGUCACGUUUUCUGUACAUUAAAAAUUAACGGGGGCCAUCAUGCUUAACCUCUUAUUGUGUAUAGUGAAUAUAGAGGAUGCUCUACAGUUUAGGGGUAAAAAAAGGUACCACAGAUCUAGGAAUAAUUCACAGCUGAUAUCCUUCUGGCUUAACCUGCAAAAAAUUCUGCUAUUAUGCAAAAA